AUGGAAAAUUUCCAGUACAGCGUCCAGCUGAGUGACCAGGACUGGGCCGAGUUCUCAGCCACCACCGACGAGUGUGGCCUCCUGCAGGCUGGCCUGGCCUCUGGGGACGAGCUCUUGUCCAGUGACAUUGACCAAGGGGACAGCAGCGGCAGCAAUCCCCCCAGCGCCCCGCCUCUCCUGACUGGGCAGCCAGUGGUUGGGGGGCAGGGCUGUGAGGAGGAGGAGGUGGCCGGGCAGUUCCCUGUCAGCAGGUCUUGGUGUGACCCUGUCUUGGCCCUGGGGACCAGUCACCUGACACCCAGCACGUCCGCACGGGCAGAAGCUCGGCUGUUCCUUGGCCCCGGCACCACUCCUCCUGGCCAGCACUCAUCCCGCCCCAGUCCAGCGUCUUCUGGAGACCAGAUGCAGAGACUUCUACAGGGGCCUGCCCCACAGCCCCCAGGGGAGCCCCCUCAAAGUCCUGAGUCCCCUGGCCACUGCGCUGCCUCCCAGAGGCCCCCCAGUAGCCCUGGAGCCUCGUCAUGGAGCCCCGGCCGAAAGAAGAGGCGAGCGGUGGGUGCUAAGGGGAGUGGGCAGGCAGGAGCCCCUGCUUCUGCACAGACGGACUCCCCUGAGAUUGCAAAGCUGACAGCCAGAGCCAGGCAGGAGAAGCUGGGGCCAGGCCCUGUAGGAGCUCCCAAGCCUGGCCCUGGGCCUCCUGUUCAGGAAGCCAAACUAGGGCCAGGUUUGGGCCUGUCCAUACCUGUCCCUGUGACUGAGCAAGGUACAGACCAAAUCAGAGCCGCCCCCAGCACCAGGCUGCACACAGUGUCCAGACCCAUCCAGGAAGCCCACCCAGAUGUUUCACGGUCUGAGUCAUACAUGGCUGUGUCUACACCCGCCUCCAAGCCUCAGUGUGACAUCGCUGUGUCUACACCCGCCUCCAAGCCUCAACCUGACAUGGCUGUGUCUACACCAGCCUCCACUUCUCAACCAGACAUGGACAUGGCUCUGUCCACACCAGCCUCCACAUCUUGCCUGGAUGUGGCCUUGGCUACAGCAGGCCGAGUGGUGAAGCUAGAGGUGGCUUCAUUUCCACCUGUCUCAGGGGCUGUGCCAAGGAUGGCCGAGUCGGCCGGGCUUGUGUGUACACCUGGUUCUGGAGCUGACACCACUGGCCCUGCUUGGUCUCCCACCCAAAAAGCUGGGCCUGACGUGGUGGACACGGAGGUUGUCGGGUCUGAGCCCUCAGCACGAGCCUGUGGACGCUGCUCUGGGGAGCCCACACCGGGUCUCACCCAAGUCCCCAAGAAGAAGAAAGUGCGAUUCUCCAUGGUUGUCCCCACCCCCAAGGAGCCAGGCACAGGGGAGGCCUCAGGCCCGGCCCCACCCGCCACAGCCCGGCCCUCAGCCCUCCGGACAGUGACUGGGGGUCACAGGGGGCCUGGAGUCUGGGACGCUGUGGCCUUUGGGCCCCAGCCCCACCAGCCUCGCAUCCUCAAGCAUCUGCCUCGCCCGCCCCCUUCUGCCAUGACGAGGGCCGGGCCCGGGAGCCGCUUUGCUGUGACCCUCCCAGAGGCCUACGAGUUCUUCUUCUGUGACCCCAUCGAGGAGGACGAACAUGCCGAGGCAGCAGCGGCCAGCCAGGGCCCAGCAGAUGUCCAGUGGCCGGACACGUGCGAGUUCUUCUUCCAAGACUGUGGAGCCCAGAGGUUGAGGCAGCGGCGGGCCCCAGUGCCAUCCCCGAGAGCUGGUUCCAUGCCGGCCCCCCCACCUGGAGACCCCGUGCCCAUUUCCAUCCCUGAGGCCUAUGAACACUUCUUUGGAGAGGAUGUGCCUGGGGGUGUCCCGGGUGCGGGGGCUGCCCCGAACUGGCUACAGGCCCUGGAGCCUCCCAGCUUGGCCUCCCAGGGAGCGGGGCCUGGGACCCCCUCCAAGCCAGCCACAGUAGAGCGGUUCCACCUGGCUCUCAGGCAGGCAGGGGAGCUCCGGGGGCCCGUCCCAUCAUCUGUCUUCAGCCAGAAUGACAUGUGCCUGGUGUUUGUAGCCUUUGCCACCUGGGCUGUGAGGACGUCAGAUCUGCACACCCCAGACGCCUGGAAAACAGUCUUGCUGGCCAACAUUGGCACCGUCUCUGCCAUCCGAUUCUUCCGCCGGCAGGUGAGGCAAGGGUGCCGCAGCCGCAGCCGCAGCCCCAGCCCCAGCUCCUAGGAGCCAGGCCCGGGCCAGGGAGACGCAGGACGAGGAGCUGAGCACGGGUGCCUGGAACAGGUGCCGCCCUCGCCGGGGCCCCCUGACUCGUCUUCUGCGGGGUCCGGGGGGGCGUGUCCUGGUGCUGCUCCCUAGGACUCACCUGAGGGUCCAGCCAGUGAGCACAGCUGCUCCCCACACUGGGGACGGAGAUGCCAGUCUCGGUGGGUGGAGGCCGGGCAGGUGGCUGGGCAGCAGGGUGGCCAGAUUCACAGAUGAGAACACGGGGCAUGUGGUUAAAUUUGAAUUUCGGACGUGCAAUACUACGGAGGCCAUUUUACUGAGAAGUGACUUGUUUACCUGGAAACCGCCCCUGUGCUUCCAGGAUGCAGUGGGGCUGAGCGGCGGGACAGGAGCUCUGGGCAGAGGAAGGAGUGAGGACAUGGGGUGGCCUCAAAGCGGGUGGGGGGUCUAAGGACUCUGCCCUCCUCAUGGGUAGGCUUGGUGGCAAGGGCUCCGAGGCUCAUCACCCCAAAUUCCAGAGGGACUGUGGCCAAGGCCUCUCGGGCUCUGGCCUGACACAGUGAAGGCGGCCCCUGCAGGGUGGGGGGUCUGCAGUAGAGCCCCGAGGGCCCUUGGUGCAGGUGCUGAGGGAGAAUUCGGUGGCAUCAGAUGGAGGACUGGGCUCUGGGUUUCUCCUGGGGGCUCAGAGGAGUCAGAAACGUGGUGGGAAGGCAGGUGAGGGGACUGAGGUGGCAGAAGUGGGGUGCUGUGGGGCACAGCUGAGAGGGGUGAGAGACGCAGUGGGAAGGCAGGUGAGGGGCCUGAGGUGGCAGUAGCAGGGGGCUGCCUGGCUGGGUGCCAGAUGGGGGAACCCCGAGGGAGCGUGAGAGGGUGUCCAAGACUGUGGGAGACCCCAGCUGCUGAGCAGAGAACAUGUAGACGCGGCACCAAUAAAAUCUUUUCUUUCUCUCUC